AUGUCGCCAGGGCUGUGCACUGUGUCUGCAGGUCUGGCGCUGCGGCUGGUGAACGGAGGCCGCCGGUGCCAGGGCCGCGUGGAGGUCCUGUACCAAGGCUUCUGGGGCACCGUGUGCGACGACAGCUGGGACAUCAACGACGCCAACGUGGUGUGCAGGCAGCUGGGCUGCGGCCGGGCGCUGUCGGCGCCCGGCGGGGCCCACUUUGGCCGGGGCUCGGGGAACAUUCUCUUGGGCGACGUGGACUGCCAGGGAGGGGAGGCCCAGCUGUCCAGCUGCCCCCACGGCGGGUGGUACAACCACGACUGCGGCCACAAGGAAGACGCCGGAGUCGUGUGCUCAGGCACCGACUCGGGGCUGGCGCUGCGGCUGGUGAACGGAGGGAACCGCUGCCAGGGCCGCGUGGAGGUCCUGUACCAAGGGUCCUGGGGCAGCGUGUGUGACGACAGCUGGGACACCCUGGACGCCAACGUGGUGUGCAGGCAGCUGGGCUGCGGCUGGGCGCUGUCGGCCCCCGGGAGCGCGCGCUUCGGCCAGAGCUCGGGCCCCAUCCUGCUGGACGACGUGAGCUGCACCGGGCACGAGUCCUACCUGUGGUCCUGCCGCCACGGGGGCUGGAAGUCGCACAACUGCAACCACGGGGAGGACGCCGGCGUCAUCUGCUCAGAUGCCCAGGGCAGCACCGUCACCCCAGCCUGGUGGCCUGAGAACUCUACAGGCAUUACACAUCUAACAUCCGCUGCUCCCACGGAGUCCACUCCCACAGCCACGGGGACGGAGACAUCUGUAAGCACUACAGGCACCGACUCGGGGCUGGCGCUGCGGCUGGUGAACGGAGGGAACCGCUGCCAGGGCCGCGUGGAGGUCCUGUACCAAGGCUCCUGGGGCAGCGUGUGUGACGACAGCUGGGACACCCUGGACGCCAACGUGGUGUGCAGGCAGCUGGGCUGCGGCUGGGCGCUGUCGGCCCCCGGGAGCGCGCGCUUCGGCCAGAGCUCGGGCCCCAUCCUGCUGGACGACGUGAGCUGCACCGGGCACGAGUCCUACCUGUGGUCCUGCCGCCACGGGGGCUGGAAGUCGCACAACUGCAACCACGGGGAGGACGCCGGCGUCAUCUGCUCAGAUGCCCAGGGCAGCACCGUCACCCCAGGUUGGUGGGAAACAUCAACUCCAACCACCACGGCCCCGUGGCCAGAGACAUCUUUAAGCACUGCAGGCACCGACUCGGGGCUGGCGCUGCGGCUGGUGAACGGAGGGAACCGCUGCCAGGGCCGCGUGGAGGUCCUGUACCAAGGGUCCUGGGGCAGCGUGUGUGACGACAGCUGGGACACCCUGGACGCCAACGUGGUGUGCAGGCAGCUGGGCUGCGGCUGGGCGCUGUCGGCCCCCGGGAGCGCACGCUUCGGCCAGAGCUCGGGCCCCAUCCUGCUGGACGACGUGAGCUGCACCGGGCACGAGUCCUACCUGUGGUCCUGCCGCCACAGGGGCUGGGGGUCGCACAACUGCAAACACGGGGAGGACGCCGGCGUCAUCUGCUCAGAUGCCCAGGGCAGCACCGUCACCCCAACUGGAACAGCCUCUACUCCACCCUACUUCCCUAGCUCAGCCCCGGCGACACAGAGAACUACGUACAUGACACCCCUGUGGACGGAGACAAGUACAGGCACUACAGGCACCGACUCGGGGCUGGCACUGCGGCUGGUGAACGGAGGGAACCGCUGCCAGGGCCGCGUGGAGGUCCUGUACCAAGGGUCCUGGGGCAGCGUGUGUGACGACGGCUGGGACACCCUGGACGCCAACGUGGUGUGCAGGCAGCUGGGCUGCGGCUGGGCGCUGUCAGCCCCCGGGAGCGCACGCUUCGGCCAGAGCUCGGGCCCCAUCCUGCUGGACGACGUGAGCUGCACCGGGCACGAGUCCUACCUGUGGUCCUGCCGCCACAGGGGCUGGGGGUCGCACAACUGCAACCACGGGGAGGACGCCGGCGUCAUCUGCUCAGAUGCCCAGGGCAGCACCGUCACCCCAGGUACGACAGCCACUACUAGCUCCUACUCUACGCCUCUAGACACGACAUCCUCAUCCUCUCGCACAACAGACUUGGCUUUCACAAGCCCCUCGCACUGCGGCGGCCUCUUGACCUCUGCCAGCGGGAACUUCUCCAGCCCCAACUACCCUGGCUUCUACCCCAACAACGCCGAGUGUGUGUGGGAGAUCCAAGUGAGCCCCAACUCUCGGGUCAACCUGGGCUUCAGCAGCCUGCGGUUGGAGGUGAACGUAAACUGCACCCUGGACUACGUGGAGGUCUACGACGGCUGGGUGGGCAGCGGCCGGCUGCUGGGCCGGGUCUGCGACGCCACCCCGCGGGUCUUCACGUCCUCCGCCAACAGCCUCACUGUCCGCUUCCGGAGCGACCACAGUUUCCAGAACACAGGCUUCACGGCCUGGUACAACUCCUACCCGCGAGACGCCCGCCUGCGGCUGGUGAAUUCCAACUCCUCCCACAGCCAGUGCGAGGGCCGCGUGGAGGUCUACCAGGGGGGCAGCUGGGGCACCGUGUGUGACGAUGGCUGGAGCAUGCAGGACGCCCAGGUGGUGUGCCGGCAGCUGGGCUGCGGCCAAGCCCUCUCGGCGCCCGGAAACGCCUACUACGGCUCGGGCUCGGGGCCCAUCACGCUGGACAACGUGGAGUGCGGGGGCACCGAGUCCACCCUCUGGCAGUGCCGGCACAACGGCUGGUUCUCCCACAACUGUGGCCACCACGAGGACGCGGGCGUGCGGUGCUCAGGCCACCUAACGACCACACCCGACUACGACCCGGUAACAACCACAUCUGCCCCCGUGAGCAAUACCACCGCAGACUUCAACGGCAGCCGUCCCUGUGGCGGCCUCUUGACCCAGUCCUCCGGGCAAUUCUCCAGCCCCUCGUACCCCAACAACUACCCGAACCACGCCAACUGCGUGUGGGACAUCGAGGUCGCCAACAACGACCUCGUCACCGUCGUCUUCAGUGACGUCCAGCUCGAGAGCAACUGCAACUUCGACUACGUGGAGCUGUACGACGGCCCCUACCACAGCUCGCCCCUGCUGGCCCGCGUCUGCAGCGGGGACAAGGGCUCCUACACGUCCUCGUCCAACUUCAUGUCUGUGCGCUUCGUGAGUGACGGCAGCGUCUCCCGCAGGGGCUUCCUGGCCACCUACUACUCCAGCCCCUCCAACAAGAGCACGGAGCUGCUCUGCCGGCCGGACCACAUGCAGGCCUCCGUGAGCAGGAAGCUCCUGGCGUCCGUGCGCUACGGCCCCUCGGACCUGGCCAUCCCCGGCUGGGCCCACAACUCCCAGUGUCAGUCCCGGGUCACGCCGACCCACGUGGUCUUCACGAUCCCCUACACGGGCUGCGGCACCACCAAGGAGGUGGACAAUGACACCAUCACCUACACCAACUUCCUGAGAGCCACGGUCUCCAGGGGCGUCAUCACCCGGAAGAAGGACCUGCACAUCCACCUGCAGUGCAAGAUGCUGCAGGACACGUGGGUGGACAACAUCAUGUUCGUCACCAACGACACCGUCGAGGUCCAGGAAGUGCAGUACCGAAACUUCGACGUGAACAUCUCCUUCUACACCUCCGCGUCCUUCUCGAGGCCCGUCACCAGCAGCCCCUACUACGUGGACCUGGACCAGGCCUUGUUCGUGCAGGCGGAGAUCCUCCACAACGACUCCGCGCUGGCCCUGUUCGUGGACACCUGCGUGGCCUCGCCUGACGCCCACGACUUCACCUCCGUCUCUUACGAUCUGGUCCGGAACGGGUGCUGGAAGGACGAGACCUACAGGACGCUGGCCCAGCCGGCGCCCCGCAUCGCCCGCUUCCAGUUCAGCUCCUUCCACUUCCUGAAGCGCUUCCCGUCCGUGUUCCUGCGCUGCAAGAUGGUGGUGUGCAGGGCCAACGACUACUCCUCGCGCUGCUACCGGGGCUGCGUGGUGCGCUCCAAGCGCGACCUGAGCCCCGAGCUGGAGAAGGUGGACGUCGUCCUGGGGCCCAUCCAGCUGCAGCCCCCCCACGCCGGGACCAGCAGCCCGGGUUCCUCCUAACCCCCCCCAACCCUCGCAGGGCCCAUGCACAAGAGCGGCACCCAGGGGACCUCCCACGGCGCUGCCAUCUCCGUGGGGGCCUCCCUGGUCAUGGUCCCGAGGCCUCCCUCAGCCUGGGCAGGGGCAGCCGCAUCCCCAGCGGCCACCUCAGGCCACCAGGACGUGACCCGGGGGGAGCACCCAGGGCUCCGGCUGAGGUGAGGGAGGCGGAAAGGGGCCCCGACACCCCCCACCCGCUCGGUGCCCUUGUCCCUGGCACGGAUGUGGGUGUGGACAAGGGUUUGGGGAGGGGGACGGAGCCCCCCAGAAGCACAGGCUGGAGAGCAGUGGCAGUAGCUGAGCUGGGCCUCACAGCCGCUGGGGUCCCUGUCCCUGCUGACCGCUCAGUGUCCGUCCUCGCCCCGCCUACUCUGAAAAAUAAAGAACUAUUUUCACAGCA